AUGCUCCGGGUGAGGAUCGAACUCACAACCUCCGCAUUUCUUAUGAUGUCGUCUCAUACUGUCUAUAAGUACGGCGCGCUAACCGAUUGUGCUACCGGAGCAUUCACGAAAAGACUGCUUCAUUCUUUAUCAGAAUUAAGGAAUAUUUUGGAUAGAAAAUCAGAAUCAAGUAUAACCGAAGGAAAUAUUUUGGAAAGAAAAAUGCUCCGGGUGAGGAUCGAACUCACAACCUCCGCAUUCCAUAUGAUGUCGUCUCAUACUGUCUAUAAGUACGGCGCGCUAACCGAUUGUGCUACCGGAGCAUUCACGAGACACUGCUUACAGUCUUUAUCAGAAUCAUAUAAGGAAUAUUUUUGGAAAGACAAAAUGCUCCGGGUGAGGAUCGAACUCACAACCUCCGCAUUCCUUAUGAUGUCGUCUCAUACUGUCUAUAAGUACGGCGCGCUAACCGAUUGUGCUACCGGAGCAUUCACGAAACACUGCUUACAUUCUUUAUCAGAAUCAUAUAAGGAAUAUUUUUGGAAAGAAAAUGCUCCGGGUGAGGAUCGAACUCACAACCUCCGCAUUCCAUAUGAUGUCGUCUCAUACUGUCUAUAA